GUUACACGUGGCUGGAGUCUAUUCUGGCAUCUCAGGGUGAAAGCCAGGAACCAACCCUGGACAGGACACCAUUCUAUUGCAGGGCACACAUUGCGGGGCCAGGAGCUAUGACUUGACCCCUGCAACCCCAACUAGUUUCUGGGUAGGUUGAGGGAGGUUGUAGCUGAACACAUGUAAACACGCCGCAGCUGACGAGGGUCAACACUACCCAGUUACAACUAGCUGAAAUAAUGCGGGAAGAACAUGAAGAGGAGCGGGAAGUACUCCAGUCAAUUUAUGAAGGAGAUGCAAACUUCUGCAUGAUCAACGAUACAACAUUUCAAUAUAAGUAUGGUGAGGAAGGGGAUGCCAAAUCAUUUUUGUUGGAGAUCAGCUGGGGUCCAGACUAUCCAGAUGCAGCACCUAUCAUCAACUUAGAUUUAUUUUACAACAAACACAUUUUACCUCCUAUCAAAGAAAAGAUCACAACUGAAUUACAAGAGCAGGCAGAAGCCAACCUUGGCAUGAGUAUGACCUUCACACUUUUUGAGUGGUUAAAAGAGGCAAAGGAUGAAAUUUUGGACCACCAGCCAGCUGAGGCAUCAGUUUUGGGCGUUUCCGAAAUCACAUCUGGUAUUGAGCAAAUUUCAGCUGUUGACGAUCAGGGAGAGGGUAAGAGGGAGAAAAAGGAGCAGUUAACCAAAGCACAGAAGCGGAGAAUGUGGGACAGGCAGAAUGCAGCAGGUGAACGAUCUCGUGGAUAUAACUGGGUUGAUAUAAUUAAGCACCUUUCUCAAACUGGUAACUCGAAAAAUGAUGGAUAGCACCAUGUCUUGUAUUAGAUACACCUUUUUCUGACAUUUAAUAAUGAUAUGCAAGUUU